AUGAAUAUGACUUCUGAUGUACAUGUUGUAGGAGACGAGAACGACGAUAGCUUUGGUUCUUUCCUGGAGGACAUGGACAUGUUUACUCCAAUGGGAGGAGGAGGGACACCCAACUUUCUUCUUCAAGAUGAUCAUGAGAGCAACACCAAUAGUCCCACACCAUUUACUAUUAGUAGUGCUCCAGUGGAAGUGGAAAUUGAACAAGAGCAGCAAGAAAAAUCAGAGCCACAAUUGGAAAAUGAAGAAAAAUCAUCAGAAGAACAAAAAUCAGAAGAAGAUGAAGUAGAAGAGAACCUGUUGGUGGAAUUUCCUCGCAGUAAACAAGAAGAAGAAGAGGAAGAUGAAGAUGAUGAUGAAGAGAAUUCAUUGGUGCAAGUCUCUGAGGAUGAUGAUGAUGAUGAGGAAGAUCCUCCAACAACCAGCAACAGCAAUAGCAAUACUACCAGUAGUAACAACGGCAACACACUGGUGGACACGGUCCGCAAGGGUGCCGUGGCAGUUGCCGGUGGAACAUUGACAGCGGUUGGCUUGGUGAUGAUUCCCUUACCGACUCCCAUGGGAUGUGUCGUGGCUGGGUCGGGCAUGGCAUUGCUGGGCACAGAAUUUGAAGCGGCCAAUCGCGUCAUGCAACAAGUACAAGACUCUGCUGUAGCGGCACGUGACAGACUCAUUGAACAUUGUGAAUCCACCAUUGAAGAUGAUCGACUUGUAGAAGAUGAAAUUGUCGUCAUUACAGCACCAGCACAACCAAUGGAACAACCAUCACAAAUGGAUCAACCAUCACCAAAAGAAGUAGAAAAGGAGGAAGAAGAACUGAUCAUUUCCGUCGUCAACACGGACGUUUACUUUGAAGACGAAACGAAUGAUCGAAGAAGACGCAAUGGACACAAACCGGCACCACCUCUCGAACCCAACAAUCACGAAAAGAAUAAAUCCAUGCUGUCAUCUUAUAUCUAUCAACCUUUGCAAUCGACACGACAAAAAAUUGGAUUGGAAACCAGAGGAUUCCUCGCCACACGGGUAUUGCCCAUGUUACAAAAAACAAAACAAAUGCAGCAACCAAACAACAAUGACGACAGUGACGACAAUAACCAGAAAUGA